AUGUCUUCCAAAUCUACCGAUCAGACCAAAGUCGUCGAUGCAUACAUCAAAAAGCAUCUCAUCGGCACCGACGAGGGUCUCGAGCAUGCCUAUACAAACAGCACCGAAAAGGGUCUCCCAAUGAUCGCGGUCUCUCCGGCCCAAGGAAAAUUUGCGUCGAUGCUCACAACCAUUGGUUCCGCGCGCAACGUGCUAGAGAUCGGCACUCUUGGCGGAUACUCUACCAUCUGGUUCGCCAAAGCCGUCAAAGGGCGCGGGAAGGUCACCAGUAUCGAGGUUUCGCCGCAUCACCGUGAUGUUGCCAUUGAGAAUCUGCGCGCAGCUGGUGUCAGAGUGCCGGAAGAAGUGGAUGUUUUGCUCGGAGCAGGCCUUGAAGUUCUACCUAAGCUGGCAGCAGAGAUAGAAAAGGGGGAGAGAGAAGCAUUCGACUUUGUAUUCAUCGAUGCCGACUGGCCUAAUCAGUGGAAUUACUUUGACUUUGGACUUAAAGUGUCGAAGGGCCAGGGGGCUGUUAUUUAUAUUGACAACGUUGUUCAGAACAUGUUGGAGAGCGGCAUCGUGGGGAAGAAUCAACGAGAUGAGGAGGCUGUCGAUGUCGUUGCCAAGACUGGAGCAGACGAUCGGGUCCAUGCUGUUGUUAUGCAGACUGUUGGGUCGAAGACUCAUGAUGGAUUUUUGUUAGCUAUUGUGAAAUAG